AUGCAGCUGCUGACCAAAGUGCUGACAGGAAUUGACCAUCAGGUGAAGCUAUCCUGGGUUGACUUAGAUCCCUUCAGCUAUGUGUUCAGGUUACAAGGUCACACUCUUCCUUUUGUUUAUGCUUCAGCACAUCUGCUGCACAGGUAUUUUCUCCCAGAUCAGCUGGAGCCGAGCUUGGCGGCUUUCUUUGUGCCGCUGCCGUCGCCGCCGCAGUUGGCCAAGCUGCCGGAACUGCUUUUGCCAGCCGAAAACUGGACUAUUCAGUGGCCAAUGGCCAAGAAUAAAGCUAACUUGAAAGAAUUUGCCCUUGGUUCACAUACAAGCUAUCACAGAUUGCCAAUCAGAAGGUUCCACCAUGUGCUGGCAUUGAUUUUUGCCUUGGAAGAUGUUAACCAUAACUCCCAGCUACUACACAAUGCAUCAUUGAAAUUGCAUUCCAUUUCUAAGAUUUGUCAGAGUUCUUCAUUUUAUGCUGGUGAAGAUAAACUUCCACAUGAAGUGAGGGAUUCUCCCAACUAUAUGUGUGAGCAGAAAGCAUGUCAGAUAGCACUUACAGGACCCUCAUGGGCAGGAUCUGCCAGCCUAGGGCCACUCAUGCAGCUCUAUGUAAGGCCACAGAUUUCCUAUGGACCGUUUCAUAUUAUACUUAGUGACCGGGAGAAGUUUCCUUAUUUGUAUCAGGUGGCCCCCAAGGAUGCAAACCUGCCACUUGCCAUGGUAUCCUUGAUGUAUCAUUUCAGAUGGGCAUGGGUAGAACUGGUUAUAUCAGAUGAUGACCAAGGUUUUGAAUUUCUAUACAACAUGAGAACAGAAAUGAAAAGAUAUGGUAUCUGCUUAGCCAAUGUAAAUAUGAUCCCAGCAAACAUAAAUAUAUACUUGAUAAUGAUUAAAUUGUUGAUUAAUACAAUCUUCACAUCCUCAGCAAAUGCUGUUGUCAUUUAUGGUAACAUUCAUGUUAUUCUGGAAGUGGGAUUUUUAAGAUGGGAAUGUUUAGACCCGCGGAGAAUCUGGAUUACCACCUCACAGUGGGAUCUCAUGCCAUGUGAGGUAGAGCUGAUCCCUGACUCAUUCCGUUGGUCUUUUAUGUUCUUACACCACCAUGGUGAGAUUUUUAGUAUAAAAACUUUUAUCCAAACAAUGAAAUUCUCCAAACAUACAGAAAACUUUAAUUCUGUAAAAUCAAAGUGGAUGAGUUUUAAUUGUUCUCUCUCCAAAUCAUACUAUGAAACACUGAACAACUAUUCUUCCAACCCUUCACUGGAGUGGUUUUCAAGGCACAGAUUUGACAUGGCCAUGGAUGAAGAGUGUUACAACAUCUACAAUGCUGUGUAUGCUGUGGCCCAUGCCUUCCAUGAAAUGAUUAUUCAACAAGUAGAUUCUCAGAGGAUAGGAAAUGAGUUUAUGAAAAGUGUUUCAUGCACUAAGGUACAUGCUUUUCUGAAGAACAUGCACUUUACUAGCCCUAUUGGAGAUGUAGUGAAUAUGAACCAGAAAGGACAAGAAAAUGAUAAGUAUGAUGUCUUCAACGUUUGGAAUUUCCCCCAUGGUAUUGAUCUGAAGAUGAAAAUAGGACAGUUUUCCCCACAUUUUCAACAUGGUGAGCAGUUGUAUUUAUUUGAAGACAUGGCACAGUGGGCCACAGGAAGGAGACAGAUCCUGCUUUCAGUGUGCAGUGUGCCGUGCCGUCCUGGGUUCAGGAAAUCCCAUCAGGAGGGACAAGCAGCCUGCUGUUUCAAUUGCUAUCGGUGCCCAAAAAAUGAGAUUUCCAAUGAGACAGACAUGGAGCAGUGUGUGAAGUGUCCAGAUGAUCAGUAUGCCAAUGUAGAGCAAACCCAUUGCCUGCAGAAAUCUGUGACCUAUCUGGCUUAUGCAGACCCCUUGGGGAUCACUCUAUCCUGCUUGGCCCUGGCCUUCUCAGCACUCACAUGUCUUGUCCUUGGGGUGUUUUGGAAGCACCAAGACACUCCCAUUGUGAAGGCCAAUAACCGCACCCUCAGCUACAUCCUGCUCAUCUCCCUCAAAUGCUGUUUCUUCUGCUCCUUGCUCUUCAUUGGACGUCCCAACACUGCCACCUGCAUUCUGCAGCAGAUCACAUUUGGAGUUCUCUUCACUGUGGCUGUUUCCACUGUAUUGGCCAAAACAGUUACUGUGGUCCUGGCCUUUAAGGUCACUGCUCCAGGAAGAAGGAUGAGGGGACUGCUGUUAUCAGGGGUACCUAACUUGAUCAUUCCCACCUGCACCCUGAUCCAGCUUAUUUUCUGUGCAGUGUGGCUGGGGACCUCUCCUCCCUUUAUUGACACAGAUGCACACUCUGAACAUGGACACAUCACUAUCGUCUGCAACAAGGGCUCAGUCACUGCCUUCUACUGUGUCCUGGGAUUCCUGGGGUCUCUGGCCAUAGUGAGCUUCACUGUGGCUUUCUUGGCCAGGAACCUGCCUGACACCUUCAAUGAAGCCAAGUUCCUGACCUUCAGCAUGCUGGUGUUCUGCAGUGUGUGGCUUACCUUCCUCCCUGUCUACCAAAGCAGCCAUGGAAAAUUCAUGGUGGCUGUGGAAGUCUUUUCAAUCCUGGCCUCCAGUGCUGGGCUAUUGGGCUGCAUUUUUGUCCCUAAGUGCUACAUUAUUUUACUAAGACCAGACAGAAUUGCUCUUCACAAGAUCAGGGAUAAAACCAAUUCUUGA